CUCAUCCGGCCUUCCGCUGGCAUAUUAAUCAAAAAAUCAUCCUUCCUCUUCUUUGGCGAACUUGUCAAGAAUUUCCCUAAACAUCAAUCCGUUACUUUUCUAUAUCCUUCCAAUAGGGAAAGCACUCAGAUCGUCUAAUCGAAUAUUUCAUCUGUCCUUCACUAGCAACCAAUUCUCUCUCCUCAGCCUCCAUCUCAACUGUUUCAAUCCAGCCACGCAAGCAGCCGGACGUGAAAUUGAGUACUAAUCUGUACUGUCACUAAGUUAAUCUUGCCUAUCCUCAUUAUCUCCGAAAAUACGAUCAACUUCUCCCCUCAAAAAAAUGGCGGCAAUGCUCCACUACGAUUCUUCCAGCUCGGCUUGGUCCCUAGAUUCAUCUGCUCUGCCAAUUACACCCAGUUUAUCUGCCACUAGCAAUGACGAAACCUCACAGUCCAUUUCGCAAGCAGCUGCCUUGCAUGAGACUCAUCGCCUAUUUCCAGCCGUACCAUUUCUCAACACCACCAAUAUCUCUCUUUCCAAAUCUGAAACAAACAUCUCCAAUCUCGCCAAGCCCUUUGGCGCCAUCUCGCCAACCAUACGACCUUCCCCAUCACUCUCAAUCCUCCAAAGAAAGUCUGAAAGAGUGGACGAUAAAGAGUCCACAUCUUUCGGUCCACAUGGUAGACGCAGGUCUAACUCUCUCUCCGAACAAGACCGUCCUGGUAUUGAUAAAGCCAAUUCAAAGGUUCCGCCGCUUGCUGAGCGUCGCCGCAGUGAAACAUCCCGCUAUCUUGGUACCGACGACUUCAAAUCGGCGUUUGCAACCAACCUGUUAAAGUUGAAGGAACGCGAGAAAGUGGAAGGUGACCCAGCACCACAUUUGAGUGAGAUUACACCAAAGAUCUCGGACAUGGGUGGCAGCUUCCCCCCAGUUGUGCACUCCCAAAUGAAAGGGGUUCCUUGCGAGGUUCCCCUUGUGGGAUUGAACAGUCGAACAACGAAACCUGACUUGCUUGACACCUAUAAUUCUGUUAUUCAAGCGCAAGAAACCAACUAUGAUGUAUCAACACGAAAACCCUACAAGCCAGUUCAAAUCUCUACCACGGUCGGCCAAUUCAUGAGCCUCCCCGCUGAAGAAAUUGAAGCUCAACUGGAAAAGCACUUCAACCGACUCAAAUCCGAUCGAAUGGAAGAUGAACUGGAAGCGAGAAACGAAGUCAUCUCGAUACUAGCUCACCAGAUGUCAAGCCAGCUCGAAGUCAACGAUAAACUACUCCAUGAGUUGGCCGCCUUGAGAGCUGCUUAUGCUAGUCUUCAAUCAUCCUGCUCAGACUACGUCGAUGAAUUGGAGUUUUUGAAGAUACGAUUCCGAGCAGUAGAGGCGGAGAAUGAAGCCGACCGCUCAAGAAGAGAAUCCGAAGAUAAGGUUCGAAGUCUUGGGCAGCUAGUCCAUGAAAGUAAGAAAGCUUUCUGUAAGUUGCAAGCCGAGGUCCUCCAUCAAGACAAACGUCGAAGCCUACAGAACUAUCAUCUUGAACCCCGGCGUAAUUCGUCAUACCUUCUCACUGACGAAGCUAAGGGGCUGUUGAGCUCACCAAGACGUAACUCUUCUUAUGUCUUUGGCGGUGGAAUGGCUGGAGUGGUGAAUGCAGCGACGAAAAGAUCCACUGUUCUAGUUCUCAGUUCAGAGAAUCCUCAAAAACGCAUUGGAGGGCCAUUAGCCGCGCCAGGACUUACCAGCUUAACUUCCCCGUUGGGGCCGGCUCAACAAGAGGCAGCUCAAACUAAUAACCUUGAACGAAAGCUCUCAACACCACCAGCAAGACCGCCCAAGAGUGCCGCCCGCUCCAACCCAGCCUCUCCUGCAGCAAGAAACAUCACAAAAUGUCAGCCUCCGAAAUCCAUCGUGCCUCCCAGUCAAACGAAUUGCGGAACCCAGACCUCCGAGGUUACGGAAGCUGGAGAGCUGGAGAGUCUUAGAAAAAGAUGUUCCCGGCUUGAGCUAGAGCUGAAUGAAAGUGAGGAUUCCCGGAUGGCAUCACAAGACGCGUUGGGCGAUAUACGAAAUUACAUUUCUAGUCAACCACAUUCCGACCUAUCGGCAAUCAAAUUACCCCCAUUGCCCACAGACCUGCAAGCAGAAGACAAUCAUGACGAGGCUAGCAGUAGCCGGUGGAACAUAUCCAACCUGAUGUCUCGAUCGAAUCCGCUGAAAUCUCAUCCCACCGGCCCUCAAAGCCCUUACCUCAAAUCUCCUUCUAUCCAUGGGAGCCCUGCAUUCGGAAACACCUUCAGUGGGUUCAGUCUUUGGGGUCGAAGUCCCGUUCUGGGAUGA